GUUUAGUCGAGCGUCAGUUGUUCCCCAACAACAAUCGUGCUGACAACGGACUCGCGACGCACUAUACGACGUGUUGUUUGUUGUUAUUACAAAUAAUAAUUGUUACAGUUUUGGUGAUUUUUUUUUACGUUCAUUUUUUUUACUUUUGGAGUUGAGUGGCAAGAAUAAUGUGACUGCCGAAUCGCAUACACGGAGUCGGAUUGGACCGGCGAGCGUGCGUCCCCCUCGGACUACUAUGCACGGCGCGGAAAAUGGAAAAGAAAGCGGAGUGGAUUGUAACACAUCGGCGACUACUUGCAGAACGGCAACAUCGCAUCACGUGGUCUCGACGACGACCAAUCACAACAAAGAAUGCGCCUCGUGCGGAAAAAAAAUCACUGAGCGAUUCCUUCUUAAGGCGAUCGACUUGUUUUGGCAUGAGGAUUGUCUUAAGUGCGGAUGCUGCGAUUGCCGAUUGGGCGAAGUCGGCUCGACUCUCUACACCAAAGCGAAUCUCUUGUUAUGCAAACGGGAUUAUUUAAGGUUGUUUGGCACAACGGGAUACUGUUCCGCGUGCAAUAAAGUUAUCCCGGCAUUCGAAAUGGUCAUGAGGGCGAAAAAUAAUGUUUAUCAUCUGGAAUGUUUCGCGUGCCAGCAAUGCAAUCACCGGUUUUGUGUCGGAGACAGAUUUUAUUUAUGCGAAAACAAGAUAUUGUGCGAGUACGACUAUGAGGAGCGAUUAGUGUUUGCGAACAUGGCGUACAAUCCCAGUAGUUUAGCGCAUAUAAGAAGCGGGAAGAAUACAGAAGAGCGACUGCCACAGCCCACUAGCGUCACUAAAGACGAGGGCAGCAGCGGGUAUGGCAGUCCUGAUUCGAUCAGUUCCCAUUGAUUGACGUUCAUUCAUUUGUUUUAAGGUCAAUUUAUAUCGACAAAUAACAACCACAACAAUUGCGUAUAAGAAGCCAAUACCUAUUACAUCAAAGAAUGUCUGUUUUUAAGAUAUCUAUAAUAAUACCACAUAAUAUUGUUUUAUUUUCGUUAUUAUUUAAUUAAUUUUUUUGUUAUGUUAUUUGUUUGUAAAAAUCUACUGUAAUUCUCAACAUAUGUAGAUUCCUGUAAAAAUCCUAAUAUAAAUGUCAUUUUGUAUAUUGUAAAAAAUGUGACCAUGCGUUGUAUAUUAUUCAUAGUGAGGU